GUGGCUGAAAGGGCAAAUCAAAUAAAAAUAAUAAUUUCAAAACAAUCAACGGAGAUGGAAGGCGAGAGGGUAUUUUUUGCCCUUUUCUGUUCUUCAAACAUUCUAUCCAUGUCCGGUCCCUCCCCACCGCUCCUCUCUCUCUCAAUAAAAUAAUAAUAAUAAUUAGCAAUAACAAAAAAAGUGGGGGAAAUUCAAGAUAUCUUCUUUCCUUCUUUAUGUAAAGCUGUUGUCUUCUCGCCAUCGUCACCGUCCCCUGACGGAAAGAGAGAAAAAAAGAGACGGAAAUUGGGAGAAAGGUGGGAUGUUUCCUGGUGUCUCUCUUUCCGACUCUGAGGGAGGAGGAGGGUUGAAGGAUCCUUGAACCGAUGGAUUGGGGUCAGCUUAAGUCCGGUCAGCUCAUUAGGUCAGGAAUUCAUCUACUGUGAACUGUGUAGCACCUUAAUUUAAGUCGUCCCCAAUAGUAGCCAAGGUUUUUUGAACCAUUAUGGCUGGCAUCGAUGACCAAGUUGCCAUUAUUGGAGAUUGGGUGCCUCCGACUCCAAGCCCAAGAACCUUAUUCUCUGCAGUGUUGGGUGGUGAUGAUGGUGCAAAAAAAUCAAUCUUGAAACCUCCUGGUGAAAAUGGAGUUGAGGGGCUACUUUUGGGUGCCAGAGAGCACAUUGUGCCCAGAAAUCCUGAUAAAAAUGAUGUGACACUAACUGGCGUCUCUGGUGACCAGUUGACUAAAUUAAGUGCAUUAUCUGAGCAGAAGUUAAACUCUGGGGGAGGUCUUAUGGAAAGGAUGGUUGCCAGAGCUGGGUUUAAUGCUCCAAAGCUCAAUACAGAAACCAUCAGAUCUGCUGACCUGUCAUUAAACCCUGAUGCCCCCUCUCCUUACUUGACAAUCCCUCCAGGUCUCAGUCCGACAACGCUUCUAGAGUCUCCAGUUUUCCUUUCAAAUUCGUUGGCCCAGCCAUCUCCUACAACAGGAAAAUUUCCAUUUGUGCCAAAUGGUAACAGUAAUAGCUCGACAUUGAUAUUAGAAGCCACUGAUGGACGUAAAGAUAAUCUGCUUGAGGAUAUCAAUGCCUCGUCUUUUGCAUUCAAGCCUGGUGUAGAAUCAGGGUCCUCUUUUUUCCUUGGUGCAGCUACCAAAAUUACUCUGGCUACGAAUCAAAGUGUAGAUCAUGUCAAAGUCCACACUCAGAGCAAGAACAGACUUGAUGCUCUAGCAGACCUAUCCAGAUCAUCAACUGAAAAAGAUAUGGGGACCAAUAGCAUUGCAAUGGAUACAGGGGUAUUUGAUGCCGCUGGUGGCAGUGCUGAUUCUCCCCCACUUUGUGAGCAACAAGAUGAGGAAGGAGAUCAAAGAGGUGGUGGAGAUUCCAUGGUUGGUGGUGGUGGUGGUGGUGGUGCCCUUUCUGAGGAUGGGUAUAAUUGGAGGAAGUACGGACAAAAGCAAGUUAAAGGCAGUGAAUAUCCACGGAGUUAUUACAAGUGCACGCAUCCAAAUUGUCAAGUUAAGAAAAAGGUGGAACGAUCUCAUGAGGGCCAUAUAACAGAGAUCAUCUAUAAGGGGGCCCACAAUCAUCCCAAGCCUCCACUCAAUCGUCGGUCAGCUAUUGGAUCAUCUAAUCCAGUUAAUGACAUGCAACUUGACAUCCAUGAACAAACCAGGGCACUGACCGGUGCUGAUUGCGAUCCAGCUUGGGCAUACACACAGAAGGGAAGUGCUUCUGGAACUCCUGAUUGGGGGCAUGACAACUUUGAGGUGACAUCAUCAGCAUCCAUGGGCCCUGAUCACUGCAACCCAACUAUGUCUUUGCAGGCUCAGAAUGGGACUCGCGUUGAAUCAGUUGAUGCAGUUGAUGCCUCUUCUACCUUUUCUAAUGAUGAAGAUGAAGAUGACCGUGGGACACUUGGCAGUGUAUCAUUGGGAUAUGAUGAAGGAGAUGAAUCUGAGUCAAAGAGAAGAAAACUUGAAGCUUAUGCAACAGAGAUGAGUGGGGCCACCAGAGCUAUACGAGAACCCCGGGUUGUGGUCCAAACAACUAGUGAGGUGGAUAUCCUUGACGAUGGAUACCGCUGGCGCAAGUAUGGGCAGAAAGUUGUGAAAGGAAACCCAAAUCCAAGGAGUUACUACAAGUGCACCAGUGCAGGCUGCACCGUCAGAAAGCAUGUGGAGAGAGCGUCACAUGACCUCAAGUCAGUGAUCACCACAUAUGAGGGGAAGCACAAUCAUGAUGUUCCAGCUGCUCGUAAUAGCAGUCAUGUCAAUCCUGGUGCCUCUGGCGUUGCACCCGCCCAAGCAGUGACUGCUGCAGUUCACAGGCCUGAGCCUUCUCAAGUCCACAGCGGUAUGACAAGGUUCGAAAGGCCUCCUUCCCUAGGUUCCUUCAGCUUACCUGGAAGGCAACCGCUGGGUCCUUCGCCUGCCUUCUCCUUUGGGAUGAGUCAGCCAGGCCUGGUCAAUCUUGCAAUGGCUGGGUUGAGCUCCAGCCAUGGCAAGUUACCAGUUCUGCCUGUUCAUCCAUAUUUGGCACAGCAACGCCAGGUGAAUGAAUUGGGUUUCAUGCUACCAAAAGGAGAACCAAAGGUGGAGCCUACAUCUGAUCCUGGUUUGAACCUCCCAAAUGGGGCCACAGUUUAUCAUCAGAUCAUGGGUGGCCUUCAAAUCGAACCUCAAAUGUAAUUCUCUUACCCACCCUUUUUUUUUUUGGUUGGGGGGGGGGGGGGGGGGGGGGGGGGGGGGGGGGGGCGGGGCGUGGUGUGGGGAUUGGGGGCUGAGGUUGGUUAUUUUUCUUCCAGAAAAGAAAGUAGAAAUAUUUACCUUUUUACAGCUAAAUGGCCAUUUCGCUAGGAUGCUUCUGCGUCUUUUUCUUUCCUUAAUGAAAGUGAUCUUAACUUCCACACCUUCACCAAAAUGCUGUUAGUAUUUAUUUUAGGGAAAAAAAAAUGUUCUCUUCCGACAUGAAACAGGAAGUAUAAGUUAAAAUUUUCAUGUAAAUUAGACCAGUAUUAAUAAGCUGACAAUUAAUAAAGGCUUUGAUUCCAAUGUUGAUGG